UCAUGUUUGAAUUUCAAGAGACUCAGGAGGUGCUGUUUGAUAAAGUCAUUGAGAUAUCAGUUGUUCACAAAAAGACAUUGGCAUUUCUGAUGACCCGUAUUGGUACCUUCAAGAUUGACAUCAGCACUGUCUACAGUCAGCCAGAUCACAGGUUCUACCAGAAGUGGGCCCCUCUGACUGAUCCUAAGGACACGCGCACUGGGGUCAAAGGUUAUGUGAAGUGCACAGUGAGCGUGUUGAGGAAGGGCGACCCCAUGGGCCUGGCCAGCCUUCCUCCCAUCAGCAGCCAGAAUGAAGACAUUGAAAAGAAUCUUCUCCUGCCCAAGAGGAUGCCAGUGGAGCGUCCGUGGGCCAAGUUUCUGCUGAAGGUCUACAGAGCAGAGGGCUUACCCAGCAUGACGGCAGGCUUCCUGGGCAGCUUCUCCAAGAUGAUGGGGGACAAGAAGGUCUUCAUAGAUCCUUAUGUGCAGGUCACAUUUGCCGGACAACAGGGAGAGUCUUCGGUGGAGAGCAGCACUAACGCCCCAGAGUGGAACGAGCAGAUCUCCUUCAUCGAGCAGUUCCCUCCUCUCGCACGGCGCAUCAAAGUCCAGAUUCUGGACGAUGCUAGCUUUGGGGACAUCGCUGUGGCCACACACUUCCUGGACCUGCAGCAGAUCUCCAACCCCAACAGGAAUGGGUUCAACCCCACCUUUGGCCCCUCCUGGGUCAACCUGUACGGAUCUCCCCAGAACUCCACGCUGCGGGACAUCCACCGGGCCCUGAACGAGGGGCUGAGCGAGGGCAUCUUCUACCGGGGCCGGCUGAUGCUGUCUCUGAGUGUAGAGGUGUACUCCUCCCCCUCCGCUGUAGUGGAGAGCAAAGGGCUGGCCAACGUCAAGAGCGCUCUGGGAAAGCUGUCCUUGAAACGCAAGAGUAAGAAGUCCAAGGAGAAGAAAAAGAAGAAGAAAAAUAACCAGGAUGUGGAGAUGGGCCACGGUGGACCUGCUGAAGAGUUGGAGGAGGCUGGUUCAGAGGUGCCUGGAGCAGUCACUGUUGAGGUGGACGAGAUCCACCCUUUGCCAGAGAACUUUGCAGGAGAAAAAGAGGAGUUCCUGUUAUUUGCAUCUCUGUUUGAGGUGACCAUGGUUGAUCCCUCUAUUGGCACCAGACUGGUGACGUUUGAGUUAUCCAUAGGGAACUAUGGUAAGGCAGCAGAUGUUGUUGUUAAAUCCAAAAAGAGUGCCAACCAAGAGGACCUAGGUGAAGACAGGCAGGCUCUGCUGGAUUCUGAGGAUGAGUUGGAGAGAGAGGAUCUCUUGGACCUCAGCCAAUGUGACAGAUCUGUCACCGCACCUAGACGACCCCAGGCUACAGAGUAUGACAGAUCCUUCAGCUGUAUCCCCCUCUUCCGCGAGAAGCCCUGCAUCUACGUGUGGAACUACUUUGAGGACCACAGCUUCCGUAUUCACAACAGCAACUGGCUGUCCAAGAUGGCUGACCGGCUGGAAUAUGGUGUUGAUGAGGUGGAGAAACUCCUGAGAAGGCCUAAGAGCAAUGCAAAAGAGCGGCUGAUGGAGGUGUUUCUAGAGUUUGUGGCAAGUUGCAAACAAUACGUCUCAAACACAGAGAGGAAGAGGCCGUCACGGCCCAACACCUUAGACAAAUGUCGCCAGGAGUUUAUCAAGAAGAACAUUAUCCUGUUGGCUAAGCAGUCCCUGAGAGCAAGGAGGAGAACCACCAGACGCGCUGCCAAAGAGAGGCUGGCCGAUGCCAAGAGGAUCCUCAACAGAGUUCGCUUUCUGGCUAAAGAGCCUCAGAGCACACUGCCUGACGUGUUCGUGUGGAUGCUUAGCGCCGGCAGGCGUGUGGCCUAUACCCGCAUCCCCUCCCACACACUCCUCUUCUCUCUGGUGGAGGAGGAGAAAGGCCGCGACUGUGGCAAGCUCACCACCGUCUACAUGAAGACCCCAGGAGCUCCUGUCGGUGAGAUUUUUGCCAAACUGGAGGUGUACCUGUGGCUCGGCAUCACCAAAUACGCCAAGAAUUGUGUGAGCAGCCUGCCAGAGGAGUUUAGACCCGUUCAGGAGGAGGUCAUCUUUGGCACGUCCAUCCGUCCAAACAUGCCCCCCUGCAAGCUGGCUGUGGAAGACAGUCGCUACUUCCAGCUGAGGGCUCACAUCUACCAGGCGCGGGGCAUCAUCGCGGCAGACGACAACGGCCUCUCCGACCCCUUCACUAAAGUAGUGUUCUCAACUCAGUGCCAGGUCACGCGGGUGAUAGAGGAUACUCUGUCCCCCACGUGGAGCGAGCUGCUGCUGUUUGAGCAGAUCCUGAUGGAGGGCAGUAAAGGCAACUUCAGGGAUGACCCCCCAGUGGUCAUUGUCAACAUCUAUGACUACAACAAACUGGGCAGUCCCCAGUCUCUGGGGCGAGCGUUCGCCAGUCCAGAGCUGAAGUUCGUGGAGGAGCCCUACAGGAAACCCAUGCUGCAGUUCUUUGACAUUAGCAAGGGCAAGGUGAAGGCGGGCGAGCUGCUGGCAGCCUUUGAGCUCAUCGAGCUGGACUACGCCAGCUUCGGAGAGCCUUCCCUUCCGGCGGAUGUGGCCCCCCGGGACCCUGAGUUCCUGACAGAGGAGAGGUGUUACAUCAUCCCAGAGGGAGUCCGGCCCGUGCUGCGCAAAUUCAGGAUCGAGGUGCUGUACUGGGGUCUACGGGAUCUGAGACGGGUGAAUCUGUUUGAAGUGGAGAAGCCUCAGGUGCGGAUUGAGUGUGCGGGACAGAUGAUAGAGUCGGAGGAGAUCGAGAGCUACAAACUCAAUCCAAACUUCACUGAGAUGGUCAAGCACUUUGAUGUGGAGCUGCCUGAGCUGGUGUACCUGCAUCCUCCUCUCACCGUCUUCGUGAUGGAGCAGCGGGCGUUUGGCCGGCUGGUGCUGGUGGGCUCCCACGUGGUGCAGAGCCUCAUGCACUUUGCUCCCAGAGACCUGGAGGAGUGGAGGGAGGAAGAGGAGGAGGAACCCGAGCCACCUGAGAGGAAGCCUCCAAAGAAGGCCACACCUCUACACGCUGUGAUAAACAUGGGUCUGGGCGGACUUCCCCUGAAGGCCUCCAAAAUUCCCCUCAACCCCAUUAACCUGGUCACGGCUCCCUUUAAGAAGGGGAUAACGAAAGAGGAGGAACUUGAAGAGGAGACGCCAGACAAGGAAGAGCUUGAUUGGUGGUCCAAAUACUAUGCCUCAAUGGCAGAGCUUGAGAAGCAGGAGGAAAAGGACAUGGAAGACAUGGAAGACCAACAAGAAGCAGCAGAGGGAGGGAACCUCAACAUGUCUGCCCUAGAUGCCGAUGACGAUGACGCCAUGGCGAUUGAAAUCGAGCCACCGAAACCCAAGCGAAAAAUGAUCGCCACCCUCCAGCUGUACAAGUCAGAGCUGGAAAAUGAGUUCAGCCAGUUCAUGGACUGGCUGCACAUCUUCCCCAUCUAUAAGGGCAAGUCCAACUUCGAGGAUGAGGACGAGGACGACUUUGAAAGGACCAUGGGAAAGUAUAAGGGCUCGUUCCUGAUUUAUCCCAUUUCUAAGGAGGAUGAGGACGCAGAAGGCCAGAUCACCAAUGGUGUUCCCAAAAACACAGCCACGAAAGUCCUCGUGAGGAUUUAUGUGGUCAAGGCAACCAACCUGGCCCCCAGCGACCCCAACGGUAAGGCUGACCCCUAUGUGGUGGUGAGGGUGGGACAACAGCAAAUGGACUGCAAGGAGCGCUACAUCCCCAAACAGCUCAACCCCGUGUUUGGAGAAGUUUUUGAGCUGAACGUGUCCUUCCCUCUGGAGACAGAGGUCACUCUCCUGGUGUAUGACCAUGACCUGGUGGGCUCAGACGACUUGAUUGGUGAAACACGCAUCGAUCUGGAGAACCGCUUCUACAGCCGACACCGAGCUGGCUGUGGUAUUGCACUCUACUAUGACAAGGAUGGCUAUAAUAAGUGGAGGGACGCCAAGAAGCCAUCGGCAGUCCUGGCUGAGCUGUGCCGCAAAAAUGGGAUCCCCUCGCCGGAAUACCGGGAUUCAGAAAUCAAAGUGCUGAACAAGAUAUUCAAAGUCCCCCCAGAGGCUUUCCCCGAGGAGCUGCUGAAGAAGAACAAGAAGACGGAGGAGGACAUGACGGAGCUGGACGAGCACAAGGCCCUGAGCGUGCUGCACCGCUGGGGGGAGAUGCGGGAGUUCUGCGUGACGGCGUGCCCCUUGGUGCCCGAGCACGUGGAGGUCCGCUCCCUACUCAACACCGACAAGCCUGGCCUGCCCCAGGGUUAUGUGCACAUGUGGGUUGAUAUGUUCCCUGUGGAUGUGCCUGCCCCUCCACCGGUCGACAUCAAACCCAGACUCCCCAUAAGCUACGAGCUGAGGGUCAUCAUCUGGAACACGGAUGAUGUGGUGCUUGAUGAUGUGAACCCCUUCACCGGGGAGCCCUCCAGUGACAUUUAUGUCAAAGGGUGGAUUAAAGGGUUGGAGGGUGAGAAGCAGGAGACUGAUGUGCACUUUAACUCCCUGACGGGCGAGGGGAAUUUUAACUGGCGUUUCGUCUUCCACUUCGACUACCUGCCCACUGAGAAGGAGAUCACCUACAAGAAGAAGGAGUCCUUUUUCUCCCUGGAGGAGUCGGAGUUCCGGCAGCCCCCCGUGCUGGUGCUGCAGGUGUGGGACUAUGACCGCAUCGCAGCCAACGACUUCUUAGGCUCCAUCGAGCUGCGCCUCAACGACAUGGUGCGGGCUGCCAAGUCGUCCGAGCAGAGCAGCGUGAAGAUGGCGAAGGACAAAGCAACGCCUCGCUUCUCUAUCUUCCACAGCAAGAGGAUGAAGGGCUGGUGGCCCUUCAUUAAGCUCAAGAGCCAGGAGGACAUCGAGAGGGAGGAGAGAGAGGCGGAGGAGGAGAAGAAGAAGAAGAAAAAAAAGAAGAAGAAGGGGAGCAAACGCAGUAAGAUGAAACCAGAGGAUCUCCAGUUUGUGGACAGCAGUGGAAAUACGUUCCUGCUCAUGGGGAAAGUGGAGGCAGAAUUCCAGUUGCUUACCGUGGAGGACGCUGAGAAGAACCCUGUGGGCAAAGCUCGCAAGGAGCCAGAACCACUUGACAAGCCAAACCGACCCAAGACAUCCUUCAACUGGUUUGUGAACCCACUGAAGACCUUUGUCUAUUUCAUCUGGAAGAAGUACAAGAAGUACAUCAUCGCUCUAGUCAUCCUGGCCAUUCUUGCCAUCUUCCUCUUCCUCAUCCUCUACACCCUCCCCACACACAUCAGCCAGCUCAUAAUUAAUGGUUGACAGCCAGAAUAUGUCCUUGUGUUUGGGUCUGGCUAUUCUCUUCUAACAGAGACAGAGAGAGAGAGAGAGAGACAGACAGAACGAAAAGAAAAUAUGUUUUCUGAGAUAAGUGAGUGGUAUGGACAAACAGCUGAGAAAACAAUAAGCACUGUAGUUUCAAAUUCUACUCCUGAUAGCCAGACUGAUAUAUUUUACAAUCAGAUGUUUUUGUAGAAUGAUAAUCCUUUGCACU